AUGGUUCGCUGUCUUCCUUUCUUUAUCUCCCUGGCAGCUGCCACAAACUUAUAUGCCACUCACUAUGACGGCAACAUCUACUCACUCUCUUUUGAUGAUAAAAACUCGCUUUCGGUCACUUCAUCUUUGAAAUCAUGUGGUGAUGGCCCUAGCUGGCUUACGUUCGAUUCAUCAACGCGUACGAUGUAUUGCUCCGACCAUGCGGGAAAUGCGAGCAUGAACGGCCUGUUGACCUCCUACUCCGUGAAUCGGAAUGGGAGACUGACAGAGCUCGCGUAUACCGUGGAUGUGGGCGCCGCAGUCCACAGUGUUAUAUAUGGCGGCAAGCACGGACACGAAAAGUAUUUGGCUGUUGCGCAUUACGGCGGUUCCGCUCUUUCAACCUUUGCCUUACCCCUUAGGUCCGACAAGAAGCCCUUGGAGGUCUUCCGCUACAAAAUGUCCCAGCCCGGUAUCAAACCUCAGCAGGAUUCACCGCACCCGCACCAGGUGAUCCUCGAUCCAACCGGUGGUUUCAUCCUCGUUCCCGAUCUAGGCGCCGACCAGGUCCGCGUGUAUGCCAUCGACCUGCACUCGGGACACCUAAAUGUGUGCCCUAGUCUGAAUUACACCGCUGGCAGUGGACCCCGACACGGACUGUUCUGGAAACCCAACCCCUUAGACUCAGUGACUAUGCUGUACACCGUCAGUGAAUUAAGCGGUCACUUCCAUGCGUUUGUUGUCUCUUACUUAUCUUCCGGCUGUCUCGCGUUCAAGGAGACUCAAUCCUUUGUGCCAUACCCAGGCGGAAAGUUACCGGCUGCGGGUACGCCGGCAGAGCUUCGUAUGGCUGGGAACUCCCUUUAUGCUUCAAUUCGCUUUGAUCAAGGAUUCGCCCCGAACGAUUCCAUGUCGACUAUGGCUUGUUCCUCCAACGGCACGGUGUCUUUCAGCCAGAUCACCUCUGCAUAUGGUACCAUUCCCCGCACCUUUGCCAUCAAUAAGAAGGGUACUCUGGUGGCUAUUGGGGACCAGGCUUCAUCGAAUGUUGCUAUUGUUAAAAGGGACCCGCGGGGUGGAACUCUCGGCGAUCUAGUCGCCAACCUGCAGGUUGGACAGCCCGGCCAGGCUAGUAAUUCCUCGUCGGGCUUGAGCAGUAUAAUCUGGGAAGAGUAA